ACAAUGAAUCAUUUUUACCAUUCACCUCAGCAGUCAAAACCAUCACUUUCUCUUCUUUCGUUUCCUUCAACCAUAGAAGUCUAUCUCUUCAUUUCUGUUCUGUGUUUUCCUUGAAGAUAAGAUUUUUCUGGUUCAUCAAUGGAGUGGAAUAGGUGUAUCAGUGGGUUUAGGGAAUUGAGGCCUCUGGUGCACUUGCUUUUGCCAUUAAGUGUCCAUUGGGUUGCAGAGCAAAUGACUGUUUCUGUUCUUGUCGAUAUAACAACUUCUGCCUUGUGUCCUGGACAGACUACUUGUUCUCAGGCUAUUUAUAUUAGUGGUCUCCAACAAACGGUGGUUGGAAUUUUCAAGAUGGUGGUACUACCACUCCUUGGCCAGCUUGCGGAUGAGUAUGGGCGCAAACCAUUUCUUCUUCUUACUGUAUCUACAUCCAUAUUUCCUUUUGCUCUACUUGCCUAUAGCCAAACCAAAGAAUUUGUUUAUGCCUACUAUGUGCUUCGCACAAUUUCUUUUAUUCUGAGUCAAGGAAGCAUUUUCUGCAUCUCUGUUGCUUAUGCGGCAGAUAUUGUCAAAGAAAACAAGAGGGCUGCUGUAUUUAGUUGGAUGACUGGCCUCUUUUCUGCUUCCCAUGUCAUAGGAAAUGUUUUAGCACGUUUUCUUCCUUGGAGAUACAUUUUUACGGUUUCAAUCAUUCUCUUGAUUUUUGGUCCAUUUUAUAUGCAAUUCUUCCUUGUUGAGACUGUUGAACGGGCUCAAAGGAAGGAACAAAAAUCAAACUUGUUGACAAAGAUUGUUAAGGUUUCCCGUAAACGAUAUGAAUCAAUGAGAGAUGCUGCAACAGUAGUUUUUAGCAGUCCUACGCUUAGAGGAAUUACUUUUGUUUCCUUCUUCUAUGAGUUGGGAAUGUCUGGCAUCAGCGCUGUCUUACUUUACUAUCUCAAAUCAGUGUUUGGUUUUAGCAAAAAUCAAUAUUCAGAAAUUCUGUUAAUGGUGGGAAUUGGUGAAAUAUUUUCUCAGAUUGUGGUCCUUCCUCUUGUAAAUCCAUUGGUUGGUGAGAAAGUGAUAUUAUGUCUGUCCUUACUUGCAUCAAUAGCUUAUGCAUUCCUUUAUGGAUUGGCGUGGGCAUCUUGGGUGCCGUAUAUGAGUGCGUCAUUUGGAGCCAUUUACGUCCUUGUAAAACCUGCAACUUAUGCUAUUAUUUCCAAAGCCUCAAGCUCAAUGAAUCAGGGAAAAGCACAAGGAUUUGUUGCCGGAGUACAGUCAAUAGCAAGCCUGUUAUCUCCUCUUGCAAUGAGUCCAUUGACAUCAUGGUUCCUAUCUAGCAAUCCCCCUUUCAACUGCAAAGGUUUUAGCAUCAUUGUUGCAUCCUUGUGCAUUAUAGUUGCUUUAUGCUAUGCUUGUCUGCUUCAACCGGAGCAACACGAACCCAGGAGCUCGGAGGAAGACAUGGAAGCGCCACUUUUAUCUGAUAAUUAGCCGGCUAGCUAAUUUGUUAAUUUUGCGAGGAAAAUGAUGUAAAAAUGUAAAUAUAUAGCAUCACUUUGCAUUAGUUGUAUAAUUGAUGUAUUUUGCUCUUAAAGUAUAUGUCAAUUUUGCCUGAGCCAUUUUACUUAAUUUCUUCAAAUGGACAUCUUAUAUGGUCAUAAAGUCUUAUAGAUUUGUAAAAUGUUGGUACGUGGAAUUAUACUCCUUCGGCUUAAACUUAUAGUUCCAA